GUCGGAGAGCAUUCGAAGGCGUCUUCAUACACGCCCAAUCUCUAUUUGCUUUUCUUCUCUUUCUUUUCUUUCAUCAGUUCCGUUUCUAUCCUUCCUGCGAAAAUGAGAGAGUGCAUUUCCAUCCACAUCGGUCAGGCCGGUAUUCAGGUCGGCAAUGCCUGCUGGGAACUUUACUGCCUCGAGCACGGCAUUCAGCCUGAUGGCCAAAUGCCAAGUGACAAGACCGUUGGAGGAGGUGAUGAUGCAUUCAACACCUUCUUCAGUGAAACCGGAGCUGGAAAGCAUGUUCCUCGUGCUGUCUUUGUCGAUCUUGAACCCACUGUCAUUGAUGAAGUUAGGACCGGGACCUACCGACAGCUCUUCCACCCUGAGCAGCUAAUCAGCGGCAAGGAAGAUGCUGCCAACAACUUUGCCCGUGGUCACUACACCAUUGGGAAGGAGAUUGUCGAUCUCUGCCUUGAUCGCAUCCGGAAACUUGCCGACAACUGCACUGGUCUUCAGGGAUUCCUUGUUUUCAAUGCUGUUGGUGGCGGCACUGGUUCCGGUCUUGGCUCACUCCUCCUUGAGCGCCUCUCUGUUGAUUAUGGAAAGAAGUCAAAGCUCGGCUUCACCGUCUACCCCUCUCCACAGGUCUCAACAUCCGUUGUUGAGCCCUACAACAGUGUCCUCUCCACCCACUCCCUCCUUGAGCACACAGAUGUUGCUGUGCUUCUUGACAAUGAGGCCAUCUACGAUAUCUGCAGGCGAUCACUUGACAUUGAGCGGCCCACCUACACCAAUCUGAACCGCCUUGUCUCUCAGGUGAUCUCAUCACUGACCGCCUCCCUGAGGUUUGAUGGUGCAUUGAACGUUGAUGUUACAGAAUUCCAGACCAACCUUGUCCCAUACCCAAGAAUCCACUUCAUGUUGUCAUCGUAUGCCCCAGUCAUCUCGGCUGAGAAGGCUUACCAUGAGCAGCUCUCAGUGGCUGAGAUCACCAACAGUGCAUUUGAGCCAUCGUCCAUGAUGGCGAAGUGUGACCCACGCCAUGGCAAGUACAUGGCUUGCUGCCUGAUGUAUCGCGGUGAUGUUGUGCCAAAGGAUGUCAAUGCUGCUGUGGCCACCAUCAAGACGAAGCGAACAAUCCAGUUCGUUGAUUGGUGCCCAACUGGAUUCAAGUGUGGUAUCAACUACCAGCCACCAACAGUUGUUCCAGGUGGAGAUCUGGCCAAGGUGCAGAGGGCAGUUUGCAUGAUCUCCAACUCCACGAGUGUUGCAGAGGUGUUCUCUCGCAUUGAUCAUAAGUUUGAUCUCAUGUAUGCAAAGCGUGCCUUUGUGCAUUGGUAUGUGGGUGAGGGCAUGGAGGAGGGAGAGUUCUCGGAGGCGCGUGAGGAUCUGGCUGCGCUUGAGAAGGAUUAUGAGGAGGUUGGGGCAGAGUCUGCUGAAGGUGAGGAUGGUGAUGAGGGAGAUGAGUACUGAGAAGAGUGAAGAAGGGGUUCUUAUCUUGAUGCUGUCUUUCUUCUCUGUUGCUUGUUAUUUUUCUUUAUAUUAGGGUUUAUGUUGGUUGGUAUGUAGUGCUUUCGAAUUUGGAGACUUUCAGUUGUGCAUCAUCCCUAUUGAUGCUUCUGUUACUGGUGAUAUAUGCUAUCCUCUAUGGUUUUAUA